AAUCUCAACUCCUCUCCUCCUCUAGGUCUGGAGGGGCACACUAGCCCGCCUUCGGUAUAAGAGGACAAGGGCUGCCCUCACAAUAAUUAAGUACUACCGCCGCUACAAGGUGAAGUCCUACAUCCGUGAGGUCACUCGGCGCUUCCAUAACGUCAGGUCCAUGAGGGAUUAUGGAAAGCAUGUGAAGUGGCCCACCCCUCCAAAAGUGCUGCGCCGUUUUGAAGAAGCACUGCAGGCAAUUUAUCAUAGGUGGAGAGCAAAUGUGCUCAUCAAGAGCAUCCCACCAGAAGAUCUGCCUCAGGUCAGAGCUAAGGUUGCUGCCAUGGAAUUGUUGAAGGGUCACCGAGCAGAUAUUGGGCUACAAAGAGCCUGGGAGGGUAACUAUAUUGCAUCGAAACCAGAUAAUCCUCAGACCACAGGCUCUUUCAUGCUUAUUGCCAAUGAGUUGAAGAGGAAAGACAAGUACAUGAAUGUGCUCUUCUCAUGUCACGUCCGCAAGGUAAAUCGCUUUAGUAAGGUGGAGGACCGAGCAAUUUUUAUCACUGAUCGACACCUUUAUAAAAUGGACCCUAUGAAGCAGUACAAGGUGAUGAAUACCAUCCCACUUUACAAUUUGAUGGGAUUGAGUGUCUCCAAUGGAAAGGACCAGCUUGUGGUCUUCCACACAAAGGAUAACAAAGACCUCAUUGUUUGCCUCUUCAACAGACAGCCAACUAACGAUAGCAGAAUUGGAGAGCUGGUUGGAGUCCUGGCAAACCACUUCAAGAGUGAGAAACGCCAUCUGCAAGUCAAUGUUACCAAUCCAGUCCAGUGCAGCAUGCAUGGUAGGAAAUGCACGGUCUUUGUGGAAACCAGGAUCAACCAGACACAGCCAGACUUCACCAAGAAUCGUUCAGGUUUCAUCCUGUGUGUGCCAGGAAAUUAGCAUCCCUCCACUAGAGCAGAGAACCCUGAAAGGAGACAGACCUGGGCUUAGGUUGCCCUCCCUGUGCCUUGAACUUUUCAAGGGAAUUAAUUUAGAAAUGCUCAGCUGUGACUUGCAGUCAUGCACCUAAAUAGAUCUCUAAAGCUAGAGGUUCAUCCAGCCCAAAUUCAAGAGAGAGAGUUUCUCUGCCACAUCCACCAGAGCUUAAAAUAUCCAAUCAGAUGUGCCCAGCUUGGCAGGCCUGGACUCAGGAAACUGCUUCUGAGCUAUUCAGCCGAGAGCAUUUACUUAUGGGCACUGCUACACCUGGCUUCCGCCCUUCCCCCAUGCUUCUAACCCUCUCCCAUGUUCCUCUCCGAGUUUAACUCCAUGUCUCAAUUUCACAGUAAUGUGCAGCCUCUGUUGGAGGGACCAAAGACUGGGCUCGGGAAAGGAGUCCAGCAGUAACAUGACUUGAAUUGGAAAGGCCAAAUCUUCCUUAAAAAGGGCUGGAUUCUCUUGAGGAAGGCACAGAACCCACACUCCUCCCAGCUCCUCUCUGUCAGAGCUCAUGUGACUGUUGCGGGUACCUGUAAGAAGUCUAUUGGCCUGUGAGGAGGGAGGGGCCGGAGGAGCUACACUAGCAGCAAGGGGGUGGAAUCAAAGAUGCGGAGGGCUUUAAGCUGCCAUAGCUGUUGUCUUUCCUAAGUGGUAAGUGCUUCCUAAACCCUCUGGAG